CCAUUGGCCAGCAGUAUAAAUUCCAAGAAGAACCACUCGUGUAGAGCCAUUCUCAGGAGCAACCCAUUGCACUGCACCCCAUAUGGAAGAGGAAAUUGCUACUCGACUUGAGAAACCUGAUGCCCCUUCCCUACACCUGGACAUUGGCAAACCACAGACUUUUCUCUUUGCACUAUAAGAGGCUUCAUGGGCUCUGUGUGAAUUCUACUUGAAGGGACAAAGACUCACCUAAAUAGACAUUUGUUCUACUUCCCAACAAAUAACCACUUUGUGCGACUCAAAGACUUAAAGACUUUCGUCGCAUGGGAGAGCAAGGACUAGAUAUUUAGCAUUCUUUGAUCUACCUGCAUUAUUUUUCCAACCUCCCAAACAUCCUAGGGCUAGGAAAUCAAGCCUAAAAAAAAGGCGAGGUAAAACAGCGGGGACAUUGUGUUCCAACUCCUGCCAAAACCCCUGCCACCCGAAACACCAACCAGCGGGCAACAUCAAAGACCAAACCCUCCAACCGCCUCCCUCCCAUUCCUUACCCUCCAAAACUAAAGCAGAGACCAAACAAUUGUGGGUGAGAGAGCAGAGAAACAGAAGGAAUACUAACAAACGAACUGUGGGAAAGUGCAAGAGAAAUCGAGGGUAAAGAUUUGAGAUCACGCCUUCGGGACUGCCAUGGUGCGAGGUGGCGGUGCGGCUAUAGCGCCGCCCUGCUGGGGCCUGUGGGCGGUGGGCGCCCUUUCGCUGGCGACCCUGUGUCUGACGGAGGAGGCCAUCCGCUGCCCCGUGUGCUCCGAGGAGCGGCUGGCCAGCUGCCAGCUGCCUGAUGGCAGCUGCGAAGAGACGGUGAGGGAGGCGGGCUGCGGCUGCUGCCCCACCUGCGCCCUGGCCAAGGGGGUGCACUGCGGCGUCUACUCGCCCCGCUGUGGCACGGGGCUCCGCUGCUACCCGCCGCGGAACGUGGAGAGGCCCCUCCACUCGCUCAUGCAUGGCCAGGGAGUGUGCACCGACGAGAGGGAUGUGGAAGAGAACUCAGCGAUGGAUGAGAUCAUCCCUGAGCACCCCAAUAACAGCAACAUCCGCUGCAGUCCCCAGGACAAGCGCUGCAUCCAGAAGACCCUGGCCCGCCACCCCGCCAAAUCCACCAAUCAGAGAAGCAAUAACGCCAGGGAGGACCCAAAGGCUGCCCUGGCUCCGUGUCGUGCUGAGCUGCAGAGAGCGCUGGACCGACUGGUGUCCAACACUCGCACCCAUGAGGAUCUCUACAGCAUCCCCAUACCCAACUGUGACAAGAACGGAGACUUCCAUGCCAAGCAGUGCCAGCCAGCACGUGACGGGCAGCGGGGAAAGUGCUGGUGUGUCGACCAGAAGACGGGCAUGAAGCUGCCGGGGCCCCUGGAGCUGCGGGGGGAACUGGACUGCCACCAGCUAAUGACUGCAACCAUGAGAGAGUGAGGAGGGGACCGGCGGGGCCCUUGGGGGGCCAGGGCUAGGGCUUAGGGCCAGCCAAAUUCUACUGGUGCUGUUUAGUUACAACUAUGGAAGGAAAGGACUUAACCCUAAAGCCUCACUUCACGUGAGGCUAACGGUACUUGCUUGAUAUGAAAAAGAUAAAAGGAAACCAUAGAAUUUUACUAUUGUUUGUUUUCGUGUGUGAGUGUAUGUCUGUAUGCAUCGUUUUGAGCACAUGUGUGUAUUUUACGAUUCUGUGAAGUUAGGCAGAUGCUCUUGCUUUAAAUAACAGGUGGCAAACAACAUACAUGUUGUAAACACUCUUCUCAAAACAGGACAACAUUGGUUUUGUGUAGUCUAGUCUACUCUGAUUUCCAUCUCUUAGCAUCUUUGAAACAAAAAACAUAAAAACUUGACGCAUGAGUUAAGUGUCCUAACAUGACUCACCAUCGACCAUUCAGCAGCAGCUAUAGAAUAGAAUGAAUAUUGGGAGUGUGUGUGAGAGAGAGAGAGAGAAUUACCAAUUGAUGAUAAGCCACAGCUUUUCACAACGUUUGGCGAUAUGAAGUGAAAAGAGAGAUUACUUUUGAGAGAAUAAACUGUACCUCUGAGAGGAACUCAGAAUAGAUGUGCUUUAUCGCUAUCCCCCUUCUCGCCCUCCUCUCCGCUUCCCCCCUUCUCUUUGACUGGGAGCUCUCUCUCUGGCUUAUUUGUCCAGGGGGACUGGCAGCAUAGCUGGGCUCAGGACUCUGUACACUGCUGAUAGGAUAAUCUUGUUUCUCCAGCUGGGGCUGAAGUGCUAAGACGCCAGUGCUGCUGCUCUCAUGUUUGUAUGAAUAUGCUUCUAUAUACAGGAUUUCUUUCUAACCAAGAGACUGCUUGUUGGCAGUAUUGUGUAGUUUAUAGUGGUGCUAUACACUCAUUGUGCCAAAACCCCCCCCCCAUUUUUUCCCCCUGUGCUUUUUGGGGGAUUGUUUUUAGAAGGAAACAGAGAUACAAACUUCCAGAUGAGGGGGACGAUCUUAGAAUAGCCUAAAUGUUUGACUGACCACAAAUACUGUCUAGUUGUCACACAAAUAUCUCCAAGUUUUUAUACGACAUUGAUGAAAUAAAACGUUCAAGUAAAUACACGGAUAUCCGUGGGAGCAUUACUAUAGUUAACCGCCUGACUGUUUCAUGGACUAAUGUAGUGACUUUGCAUGAUUGUAGCAUGUGUGGCUAGUGACAACUUCUUAUGGCUAGAAGAGAAGAGGACUUUAUGACUGCAUGAUGAAGAAACACGCUCUAGACAGCCUCUGUAAUUGCUAGCUAGCUGAAACGUUCAGAGAAACGUCAGAUGUCUAUAUAAUACCAUUAGAAACCUCACAGUGAGAUAGCAUCCUGGUCAUACAUGGACUCCCUCCAGUAUAAGUGAACACCCUUGACUUUUACUCUGGCAGAGCCAGUUAUCAGGUUUGACAUCAUCGAUGAAGCAGUGUAUGAGCCAAGGAAUCAUUGAUUUGUAUUAUUAUGUUGACAAACUUACUGGUGCAUCAUACUCUACAUACCGUCCACAUAUACUACAUGGACAAGACUGUUAACAUCCCUACAGCGAUUUGAUUGUACUGUAUUGCAAAUGGGUGGAAAAGAUCAUGAUUGGUUCCCUCGGGCUAUGAUCUAUGAUGUGAUUGGUUGAUUGACUGACUCAGGCUUAACCUGUGGAGCACAGGGAGUAUAGGAGAGAAGACGGCCCUUGAAUACAGGACAGUCUGAUCAGUGAGUUCAGUGAGGUCGGUCGUUUGUCAUUUCUAGAAAUGGAUAGUGCACUUAAUCUCCCUGAGAGUGUUGGGUUACUAAUUGACUCCAGGAAGGAUUCAUCUCGCCUGGACAUUCAUUAUUGGUGUUAAUAGUACACUGGCACAGUUAGCUUCAUGUAGAGCGAGGCGAGGGGACAGGGCCGAGGGGGUAAACCAGACGGACGUGGGCAGUAGUUGUCCUGCUUCCUCUUUCAAGAACUGAAAGAAGAGUGCAGGACAGAUUGUCCAAAAACAGACUCCUACAAAUGAUAGGCAGCUCUUUUUGUCAGCAGAGAUGUGAGUAGAUAGACUAGAGGGAGAGGGAAUAGAAAAAGUGUGAGUGACAGAGAGCUGGAGAGUUCCAGCUACAUUUGUAUCGCACUGAUUUGCUCUCACAAAGCCACAUUGUUUCCGUAAGGCACACAGCUUUUACCAUUCACUCUCUCUCUCUCUCACAUACCCCUCUGGUUUGACAGAGGAGCCUAGAAGUCAUUCAAGAGCUUUCCUCUGGCUGUUAUCCAGAGCAGCAGAACACGUACUGUAGCAAGUCCAACUAAGCCCAACAUAGCAAUGCCCUUCAUCACGGUUGUGCUGUCAUUGCUGCCAUGGGUAAUGGGGACAGAAACAUCUAAUUUCAUUAGGCAACAUUGAACACUCACACCUCCCUGCCUGGGGUCAAAGUAGAUAGAAACCCAGCUGUAUUACAUUGCCAUUCAGAAUCACAAUAUCAAAGACAUUUGGGUCGAUGUGUGACAAGACCUGACAUGAGCCAGGCCAAAGAUAAUUAUUGCGGACUUAGCCAACUGUACUGUAUCUGUAACUUGCUUCCUUGUAAAAAAAAUAAAUAAAAAAAAGAAUAAAAAACUGCCAAAGUUAUCCAAAGGGUCUAUGGGGAUAUUGCAUGGUAAUACUGUUGUAGUUUACUUAGCGGUCCCUCAGUCAAUGACUUAUCUUCUGAACUAAUUACUAACCUGUAGACAUUUACUUAGCCUACAUUUGACCAAAACUUUGACCGACAAACAAACAUCCCCAGUGGGCUGGUUGAAACGUCCAGUUUUGCCUGCUUCUGGGUCAUUAACCUUGAAACUGAGCCUCUUGAUGAUCACUAAUAGUUCAUAGUAGCUUCUUCUCAAUUGACAAGUCCCUAAAACGUUUUUUUUUUUGGCUCUCUGAGGCUAUUCAAUAAAACGGGAUGCUCUUACU